AAUUAUUUUGGGGUCCAAACCCGACUAUAUCAAACGAUAUAUUUUCUUGUAUGUAGACUGUCAAUAAUACAAAUGGCUUUCUGUCGAAAUUUAUAUUUUUCCGUUAUAGGACCUGAAAAUAAACAGUUUAAUGAUUCUUUUACUACCAAUUCUAUCAAACCUCCCAGCAGGAACAUCAUCUAAAAAUAUACUUCAUUUUUUACAAGGAAUAACGUCGCAAACAUUUUCAAAAUACGAUUAUGGUGAAACUAAAAAUUUACAAGUUUAUAAUUCGUCAAAACCACCUGAGUAUAAUUUAUCGAGAGUAACUUCUCCAGUUGCUUUAAUAUAUUCUGAGGCUGACUGGUAUGCAGAUCCAAUGGAGUCCAACUCUACUAAGAGAAAGUUCUGAGUUCCAUCUGUUACUGCUGUGAUGCUCCAUCAACAACAGGGUAACCAAGCGCAGCAAGCCUAAUUCUAUUGUUUACGUCACCAGUGGAAUCCGAGGGUGGCAUCCUUCUGUAUCCGUGAAACCAAAAGCUCAAUUCGUGAUGAACA